AUGGACGACAACUCCGUGCCCACCAUCCACAGAAUGGAUCUAACAGGUAUCCUGAGCAGGCUCGAAGCUGCCACCUCCCGACUGGAGGACAUGGCAUCUUCCUCCGUCGAAAUCCCAGCCAUCAAUGGAGCUCCCACGCCCGCCCCGACCGGCCCUCUUCCUGCGCCGCCUGUUGCAAAAGCGCCCUCGCCAAAGCCCGUCCAGGAAGCUCUCCCCGAAUCGGUUGAGGACUUCGAUGCCUUCAUUGCCGGCACUGUGAAGAAAUACGUCAACCUCAGUGAUGAGUUGGGAGGGCCAGUUGCCGAGCAGGCCUCCAGCGUGCUGCGAGCAUUUGCUGGACAACGAAAGUUCAUCCUCAUUACGACGAAAGCGAAGAAGCCUGAUAUGAGCAGUCCGGUCUUUAUGCAACUAUUGAAACCUCUCCAGGAUUCUAUCACGUCUGUCAGCGAACUUCGAGAUGCCAACCGUGGAUCGCCCGUCUUCAACCAGCUCAGCGCUGUUUCCGAGAGUAUUGGUGUGCUUGCUUGGGUCACAAUGGAUUCAAAACCACACAAGCAUGUUGAAGAAUCUUUGGGUUCUGCACAAUACUGGGGAAACCGAGUAUUGAAAGAGUUCAAGGAGAGCGAUCCAAAGCAAGUUGAAUGGAUUCAGUCAUACUACCAGGUAUUCAAGGAUUUGGCAGAAUACAUCAAGCAAACUUUCCCCCAAGGUAUCCCAUGGAAUCCAAAGGGGCUUUCUGCGGAGGAGGCUAUCAAGGCCGUUGAGCAAAAUCAACCAGGACCUCCAGCUCCCCAUCCAAAAGCUGCGGCGGGAGCGCCCCCACCACCUCCUCCACCAGGACCUCCUCCGCCACCUAUAAAGUUCGAUAAUGCUCCUCCCCCACCACCAACCGCGGGAGGCGGUCUCGAUGCGGUAUUCAGCGAUCUGAACAAAGGAGAAGCCGUCACGAAGGGCCUCCGAAAAGUUAAUGCCGACCAAAUGACACAUAAGAACCCAGCGUUACGAGCUGGUGCUACAGUACCGCAAAGAAGUGACAGUGCAUCAAGCGUCUCGUCGAACCGUGGCAAGAGCCCUGCUCCUGGGAAGAAGCCCAAGCCUGAAAGCAUGCGGACGAAGAAGCCUCCUGUCAAGAGACUAGACGGAAACAAGUGGAUCAUUGAAAACUACGAUAACGAGUCUGCUCCAGUCAAGAUCGAUGCCACUAUGUCACAGUCUAUCCUAAUCAGUCGCUGCAAUAAGACCACCGUCAUGGUCAAGGGUAAAGCGAAUGCCAUUUCCAUCGACAACUCACCACGAUUGUCCUUAGUGAUUGAAUCUCUCGUUUCGUCCAUUGAUGUCAUCAAAUCCUCCAACUUUGCUCUGCAAGUUCUCGGCACACUACCGACGGUUAUCAUGGAUUCCGUCGAUGGUUGCCAGAUAUACCUCGGUAAAGAGAGUAUGCAGACCGAAGUCUUCACCAGCAAAUGCUCUGGUGUGAAUCUCAACAUCAUCUCAGGAGACAGUGAAGAAGAUGAGGACUACAAGGAGGUGCCUCUACCGGAACAGCUGCGCACUUUCAUCACCGAAGAUGGGAAGAUUGAGACUGAGAUUGUGGAGCAUGCUGGAUAA